ACCCACUCGCGUUGAUCAGAACUUCAUAUCGUUUCAGGACGCAACAUGCAGGCCAACGUGCAGAGCUCGCUCCGCCGCUGAGAAAGUAGAAACAGAGGCCGACACUCAGGUGCUUGUUUGCGGACACGCGAAAGUUGGUGCGCACCGCAGGAGAGAUGCUGCUCCCCGCCGCCACAAUCCUGCUCCUGCUGGCUGUCUCGUCAAGCGUGGACCAUGCCACGGCUGAGGGCUGUGGGACAUCAUGUGGAAAAUGUGACUGCAGUGGUGUGAAGGGAGCCAAGGGUGAGCGUGGUCUCCCUGGUCUUCAAGGUAACAUGGGAUUCCCUGGAAUGCAGGGACACGAGGGGCCAGUCGGGCCAAUGGGGCCCAAGGGAGAUCCAGGACAGUUUGGCGCUCCUGGAAUAAAAGGAGUCCGGGGUCCUCCUGGUCUUCCAGGUUUCCCAGGAAAUCCAGGAUUACCUGGAAUCAAUGGAAACGAUGGUCCACCUGGUAUUGCAGGUGUCCCAGGAUGCAACGGGACUAAAGGAGAAAGAGGAAGAGAUGGUGUCCCUGGUUUUGAUGGUCUUCAAGGAACUCCCGGCAUCCCAGGGUUUCCAGGAAUUAAGGGUGAUCCAGGUGGUGUGAUCGGAAUCAUUCCCCUUAAAGGCGACAGAGGCUUCCCAGGCACACCUGGACUUCCUGGAUCUCAUGGACCACCUGGGCCGAUUGGUCCUCCUGGAUCUCGGGGUUACAUCGGACCCAAAGGUGAUGCUGGACCACCAGGCCCCCCUGGAGAAAAGGAUGACAAGCUCUCCUUUGAGAGUGAGAAAGGAGAUAAGGGCGACCGGGGCUUCAGAGGCCCACCCGGCCCUCCCGGACCCCCUUCACCAGGCGUGGAAGGACCUGGCACAGAGUUUAUCGGACCACCGGGAGACAAAGGAGCUCCAGGCGAGAAAGGAGAAAAAGGCUAUUGCAAUAUAUCUCGAACUGGAGUAAAGGGUGACCCAGGGCCACCAGGACCGAUAGGCAAACCUGGCAAGGAGGGAGAUGAAGGGCGAAAGGGAGAAAAGGGCUUUCCCGGAAAUUACGGAUACCCUGGACCUCAGGGUGAAAAAGGAGAAAGAGGGCCUCCUGGAUAUGCAAGCGGUGCCCCUGGUCCAGCUGGUCCUCGUGGCCUCCCUGGGUUACAAGGAGAAAAAGGUUUUCCUGGACCUCAAGGAGAAGCAGGCCCACCAGGGCGCUAUCUUGAAGGACCUCGUGGAGAGACCGGCCAAAAGGGGGAUGCGGGUCAGAAAGGAGACAGUGGUAUUGAAGGAGAGUCUCUAGCCGGACCCCCAGGUCAACCGGGACUAGUGGGACCCCCUGGGCCUCCAGGAUUACCUGUUGACCCUAAUGAAUGCACCAAUGCAAAAGGCUCCCUUGGCCCACCUGGACCUCCAGGGCUUCAAGGAGAGUUGGGACAAAAAGGCGACAAAGGAGACACUUGCGUCCUGUGUGAAGGGUUUGGACCUGCGGGUUUACCUGGCCCCCAAGGCCUUAAAGGGGAGCGAGGACCUCCUGGUCCUGUAGGAGGCAAGGGAGACAAGGGUAAUCUUGGGUUCCCAGGAACUCCUGGAAGACCUGGCAUCAGUGGCAUUCCUGGUUUGAUUGGGGCCCCUGGUCCUGUUGGAGAGCCAGGAGACAUAUUCAUUGCUCCGGGUCUGAAAGGAGACAAAGGCUACCCUGGUCCUGGUGGUUCACCUGGACAACCAGGUCUGGAUGGGAUCCCAGGGAGGGAUGGCCUAUCUGGUGUUCCUGGACCGAAAGGAGAACCUGGCAAAGGGGGCAUCAAAGGUGAUCAAGGAUCAAUUGGGGACCCUGGUCUUACAGGUCCCCCUGGAGAGAGGGGUCCUCCAGGUCUGCCAGGCUUCGGGCGCCCUGGGGUGCCUGGAGAUAAGGGGAGUCAGGGGAGAGCUGGCAUCCCUGGAUCACCUGGAACACCCGGUGUGAAAGGUGAGCCAGGUCAAGGUGUGAGCACUCCCGGACCACAGGGUGUACCUGGGCCGCGAGGAGAACCUGGCAGAGAUGGCCCUCAAGGUCCAGCAGGUCUCCAAGGAGACUCAGGAAUACCAGGUUUUCCUGGACAGAAAGGUGAUCAAGGACCACCAGGAAUUGGAUUUCCAGGGCCAACUGGUGCAAAAGGAAUCAGUGGAAUUCCAGGUGCUCCGGGAUUGUCAGGAGAGUCCGGGAGACCGGGACAGGAUGGUUUUCCUGGACAACCUGGUCUACAAGGACAAAAAGGUGAACCAGGAAUGGGACUCCCGGGCCAAAAAGGUUCACAGGGUCCGCCGGGAAUUAUUGGGUUCCCUGGAGAGAAAGGUAACGCAGGAUUACCAGGUAUUCCUGGGCAAGAAGGCCUCACAGGACCGCCAGGACCUCAGGGAAUAAAAGGUAACAUUGGACACCCUGGACCUGCUGGAGUGGUAGGGUUACCAGGGGCUCCAGGAAAGGGUUUGCCAGGAGCCCCAGGACCACAAGGACAACAAGGAGAGCCCGGUCCAUUUGGUAGGGUGGGUGAAAAAGGAGAGAAGGGCUAUCCAGGACCUUCUGGCAUUGGCAUGCCAGGGCCUCAAGGAGAAAAAGGACUUUCUGGGUUCCCAGGAGCCCCCGGUGAAAAAGGUUUGCCAGGAGUACCAGGCCUGCCAGGAAGGGAUGGACUGAUUGGAAAUCAAGGUACAAAAGGCGAAAUGGGGGUCAUAGGUACUCCGGGAUUGCCAGGAUUUCCCGGACCACCCGGUUUCCCUGGAAAUCAAGGCUCGAGAGGUGAUCCUGGUGUUCCUGGUGUGCGUGGACAAAGCGGAGAGACUGGACUUAAAGGAGAGAGGGGAGAAAUUGGUCUUCAAGGCCCUCCUGGGAAGAUGAAGACAGUCGACAUGGAGCACUUGAAAGGGCCGAAGGGAGACCUUGGAGAUCCAGGAAAUCCUGGUGUAUCAGGACAGAAAGGCUUUCGCGGACUACCUGGAGACCCUGGAAUGCCAGGAAAAGAUGGAAACCCUGGUUUACCCGGACAAGCAGGUCAGAAAGGAGACACUGGUGUUCCUGGAGAACCUGGCUAUAUGGGACCACAUGGGCAGAAGGGGAGUGCAGGUGAAAUGGGAAUACCAGGUCCAAUUGGUCCAAAUGGUCUUAAAGGAGACAUAGGUACUCCGGGUCAUCCUGGUUUCAGAGGAACGGAUGGAGUGAAAGGAGACCCCGGAACACCUGGAGAGCCAGGCAUUGGGCUCCCAGGAUUUCCAGGAGAAAGGGGACAACCUGGACAACCAGGAUUCUCAGGAUCGCGAGGAGAGAAGGGUCUGAAGGGUCAAAUAGGAACGCCUGGCAUGCCAGGAGUUCAGGGAGAUAAAGGAGAGAAAGGAAUAUUUGGCACUCCAGGUCAGCCAGGAAUACCCGGUGAGAAGGGGGUCCCAGGGUUACAAGGGUCUGCAGGAGAACCCGGAGGUGAUGGUCGACCAGGUGAGAGUGGCUUGCCAGGACCUCCUGGUCCAGGUGGAGAUAAAGGAGAAGCGGGUGUUGAUGGCAUCCCUGGAUCUUCAGGGGAGAGAGGAGACCCUGGUAUACCUGGUCUUAGUAUUCCAGGACCCCCAGGGGAGCUAGGUAGCAAAGGUGAAAAAGGUAGUCUGGGCUUCCCCGGCAGCCCAGGCUAUCCCGGUGUGCCUGGUGUCAAAGGUGACAAAGGACUUCCCGGCUUUCAGGGGCGUCAAGGUGAGUCAGGAGAAAUUGGCCCCCCAGGAUUCUCUCUAGAGGGACCUAAAGGAAAUCAGGGAGAACCAGGACAACCUGGAGAAGCAGGAAUCGUUGGCACACCGGGACCUUCUGGUGUACCAGGACGAGAUGGCCAAAAGGGAGAAAAAGGAGACCAUGGUCUUCCUGGUUUCCAGGGAGAGUUAGGACAAAAGGGUGACCCUGGAUCACCUGGAUUUCCUGGGCCAGCUGGUCUUCCAGGUGUUCACGGCCCCAAAGGAGAGAGGGGACAACAGGGGGUACCCGGUUUCCCAGGUACAAAGGGUAGUCAAGGCGAUUUUGGAUUCAAAGGAGAACUUGGAGACAGAGGAUUCCAAGGAGAAAAGGGUAAUGUUGGCCUGCCUGGUCACCCUGGUCCACACACCAUCAUCAAAGGAGACAUUGGUCAACAGGGUGUCCCGGGCUUACCAGGACCACAAGGACCAACUGGAUUCCCAGGCCAGAAGGGACAGCAAGGUCUGACAGGUACUCCAGGGCCAAAAGGAGAAGAUGGCCUCCCUGGUUAUCAUGGUCAGUCAGGAUCCAAAGGCGACUCUGGUCUGCCUGGGCCUCAAGGACCCAGAGGGUUUCCUGGCCCUCCAGGACCUGAUGGUGUUCCUGGCCAAGUGGGACCACCCGGCCCCUCCUCUAUGGAUCACGGUUUCCUGGUAACUCGGCACAGCCAAACAGUGGAGGUUCCAGCUUGUCCUGAGGGCACCUCACCCAUAUAUGAUGGCUAUUCGUUGCUCUACGUCCAAGGCAAUGAACGCUCCCAUGGGCAGGAUCUUGGUACGGCCGGAAGCUGUCUGAGAAAGUUCAGCCCCAUGCCCUUCUUGUUUUGCAACAUCAACAACGUCUGUAACUUCGCCUCGCGUAAUGACUACUCAUACUGGCUCACUUCGCCUGAGCCCAUGCCCAUGAGUAUGGCGCCAAUUACCGGCGAAAGCAUCAAACCCUUCAUCAGCAGGUGUGCAGUGUGUGAAGCUCCAGCCAUGGUGAUUGCAGUUCACAGUCAGACCAUUAUGAUCCCUCCAUGUCCUUAUGGUUGGGACUCUCUGUGGAUCGGAUAUUCUUUUGUAAUGCACACUAGCGCAGGUGCUGAGGGUUCAGGUCAGGCUCUGGCCUCUCCCGGUUCCUGCUUGGAGGAGUUCCGAAGCGCUCCGUUCAUUGAGUGUCACGGUCGAGGAACCUGUAACUAUUACGCCAACUCCUACAGCUUCUGGCUUGCGACAAUUGAAGACAGCGAGAUGUUUACGAAACCCGUCCCAACAACGCUAAAAGCGGGAAAUCUGCGAACACACAUAAGCCGCUGUCAGGUGUGCAUGAAGAGGACAUAAACCCUGCCUGACUUGCGAUCUCGUUCACUUGGCUUUAAAACUUCCUAAUGUCCGAGGAUGGUGCUAUUUUUCCUGCAUGUGAGAGCGGCGGGACUGAGUUUGAACUUUUGCAAACCAGAAGAAAACACAAAGACCAAGUGGCUCACGCGGAACACUUCUACUAACAAAGAAUGGCGCCCAGUUUACCGCUGCACUGAGUACUUGCCCCCACCCAACUGGUAAACUAAUGUUCAUUUCGAAUGGGUUGCUUAUGUAAGCCAGGUGCUAUCGAAGCUUACUUAUCUUCCAUAUUUUAUUUCUUCUUUGAAAGAUAAAGCUACUUGUUUAUAAUAUACAGCCACACCCUGUUUUUAAAUUUGUUUACACACACUGAUAUUAAGGAUGGGACUUGCCACUGAUUCCACAAUCAUUUGCUAAUGCACGACACGCAGCUGUGUAACAAUUAUUCUGUUGUAAAUAUAAUGCAUUCCUAGUUCAACAUACUCUCCUCAGGUUAUUAUUGAGUCUAUUUUGUGUGUUAUUAAAUCCUUUUUUUUUUUUAUUUAUAUGAUGUAUGAGAUUCUGUUAGACCCAAGUGAAUGCAAGGUUCAAUGGACCCAAAGACAUUGAGCGCCUUAAUAACACGUGUAAAAUUAUCGUAGAAAUGACGGUGUAUGUUUGGCAGACGACUUCCCCGUUGUAACAAUGAAAAUCUGCCCAAAACAAAUUUUAUUGUUUGUGUUGUUGCUGUUUUUAAUGCUUAAACAAAGGCACUAAACACAAUAGAAAGAAAAAAAAUCAACUUUACUGCAUUGUCUGCCUUACUGUGCUUCCUUUUUAACGAUCCUAGUCUUUAAUGACCCUCCAAAAUGCACAUGUAUAUAUACUGUACCUGCAUACAGCAUAUAUUAUACUUUCACAUAAUACGUACUUGGUAUUCUGCUCUUAGACUUUAUCGUAAUUUUUUUUUUUCUUUUUCGAAAUGGACCUUUCGCUCGCAUUUUAGUAAAACGCAAAGCAAUAUGAACGUAUCUAUUUUACCCACAUUUUUGGUAACCUGGGCAGGUGACAGUAUUAAAAUUAAUGUUUAAAACGGAUGGAAAUGGCAGAAGAUAGCAACAGUUGGGUUAAGACAAAUAAAUUAAAACACAAAUGGAUGUACAUGGAUGGAUGGAUAGAUGGAUGACUUAAAAUAUUGCCAUGCCAGCAGGAAUGAUUUUGCACUUACCUGUAAGGUUACUAUGGUAAUCAUUCAGAAAAAAAUGGCAGACAAUCCAGUACAAUGAAGAAUAUAAACAUUUUAAACUGAAAACACAAAAGUAUUAUACCAAUUAUUAAUUGACCACAACAUGCGUUUGAUGAUCAAAUACAGUGGAAAAUAACUGUCAGUGAUUAACAUUGUUAUUUUUUUUUCCAAGUUUUUGUAACUCAUGCAAUAAAGCCAUUUGAAGAUCA